AUGAAUGGAAAAGGUAUCGGUGAACACGCCGGCUGGUAUAUCUGUGAUGGAAGAAACGGAACAUCAGAUCUACGUGGUCGAUUUGUCAUUGGACGAGAUGUUUUCAACAGCACUUCUUCCUACUCAAAUAUAGGUAUGCAAGGUGGAUUAGACACGGUUGCCUUAACGUCAGACGAAAUGCCAAAUCAUUUUCAUGCUUUCCAAGCACAUACCACUGUGGACGGUGAACACUCAUAA